AGCUGCUAGCGAGCUAACCAGUCACUCUCAAAUUUAUUUCUUCUAAACUUAAGAAGCCAAAAACCACUUCCACACCGGAUUGGAGGAGACCUUUUUUUCCCACGCUAUCCUGUCAGACAUGCCAUGGCUGACUUCAUGUAGUGUGAAGGUAAUGUCUCAAUGUUUUUUGUCAUUACUGCAGCCUAGUGACCAGAAUACUACAAACUGUAUCACUUGUAUUUCCAUUAGGGAUGCUACGAUCGAUCGGCCAUUGAUUAGUGAAAAAAAAGCCGUGAUCGGCAUAUGCAGAAAAAUGUCUUUCAAAGCUGAUCACAAAAACUGAUCGGCGUGUGGCUGCAAAACCUACAUGUGUACUACCUACGUAGGUUGCCAACAGUGAGCCCACAAAGAACACACUUUGUCCCGUAUUGCCGCAAGAACCAACACUAGUCCGUAAAACCUCAGUUUGACACAGGCUACGCCAAUCGUUGUCAAAGUGUUUGAUCACUGCCUUAUCAAACCUAUUGCUGCUCGACUUUUCUUGCAUCCUUGUUUACAAGCUUUGCAUAGCUGUCACUGGCGGCACCGAAGUCACUAGCUAGAGUUACCCGCCUAGCUUCUCCUCUUCGGACUCCAAAUGUGACUUUUUACCACAGUGGCAUUUUGUUUUUAAAACAAACAAGCAAUGCGGUUUGCUCAGAGAUCGUUUUUGUCCCACUUGUAAGUGGAUAUCACGUUCAUGAGAAUCCUGUGCUGCUCACGUGGAGGAGGGGGGUCUCCUCCCAACAUGGACACAAGGAUGCCCCCUUCCUCAGCUUGUCCAGACCAUCUACACCAGAUGCUGCCUUUGUCAAAGUAGCGGAUCGUCCCACCAGCGUGGAGGAAAGGGUGCAGCACGGGUCGGGCAGGUGAAAUGGCGUCUGCGCUUAAGAAGAGGGGAUUCUGCUCGGGGAGGUCCUCCUCAGGUACCGGGGUCUGGCUCCUCAUCCCCUCCUCCUCCUCGUUCUCCACCUCCUGGGUUUUACAGCUCAGAAAAAUCCCAGCUUGAGCGAUCUGCCUUGGAGUCAUCGGCCUGCGUGAAGUAGUCCGAGUCGGCAGCGUCAGACAUGUCCGCAAGGCCUUCGUGGGUCAAAUGAUGCUCCUCAGGAUCCACGAGGGGGCUGCUUUGUGUUGGGACAUUAAAUGUCUCGGUGGGAGGUGGACUUCUUACCAUCCUCAGCUGGAGGAUGUCAUUGAUGGAGCUGCACGGGCCCGGCGAGGCACUGGACUGUUGUUGACUGUCACGAACCAGCGCUCCUUCUCCUCUUCCCUCAGAGGAACUCUGCCGACAUCCUCGCAUCUGACGUCCGUUCCCAGCGAUCGAGCGACGUCUCUGACUACAGCCUCCAGUGUGCUUACGAUGCACCUUCUGGUCUCCUCUGGGAUAUGUUCUGCUGUCACGUGCACUUCUUCUCGGACAAGACACCCUGACUGUUGCGGGAGGCAGAAGCUUCAUCAAAGCUCUGCAACGACUCUUUGGGGAAGACUGAAGAUGAGGCGUCCUGACGACCGAGGCUCUCCGGACGGGCGAGCAAAGGGUCGCGGGGGCAUGCUGGAGCCUAUCUCAGCUGACUUCGGGCGACAGGCGGGGUACACCCUGGACUGGUCGCCAAAAACAUGCAGAGGACAGUAAGUCCCCGUACGGGCUUACCUUUGUUGCGGCGGUAGAAGAUGCUUGGGAGUCUGUGGGAGCGUUUGAGGUAGAAGAAGGAGGCGACGGACAGGAUCAGGAACAGGCUGAUCAACAGCGUUCCGAGAAGAAGCGAGGCGGCCACGCCUGGGCCUCCUGCUCCCAAAACAAAAGGCACAGAGACAGUUUCGGACAUAGUCUCACAUACAGGACUUGUUGCUAUAAUCACACAUGCCGUACAGUAUAAACACAUUCCUACCAGUCUUUCUGGUCAAAACCUGCAAAUGUAGAACAUUUGCCAUCUAGUGACCUGCACCUAAAUAUAUGCAUUUAAUGUAUUUAUUGCAUUACUGUUUUAUACAUGGGGAUGUAUGUGGAAAUGCAUAAUUGAAGUCUGGUGUGGCAACUAAAAGGUAUAUUAACGGGGAAUUGAUGCCAUCUACAGGCGACGAUGUGAAAUGCAGAAUUAAGGGAUUCGUCUGUGCUUAAACAUUGACAUUUAGAAAAAUAGAAAUACAAAUAGUGGGCAGUUUCAUGUUAAAAUAUCAACUUAAUUGCACAUUUUAACCAUCCACUUGUACAUUAAAAUGUAUAAAAUGGACAUUACAGUACAACAAACACCAAUUACCAGUAAAUAUCAUAUAUCUUACCAAUUUUAGGCAUUACAGUUGUGACUGUUGUAUGGUUUUUCCUGUCCAUCGUGUAGUCUAAUGGCAAAGACAAACAGAAAUGAAAGAAAAACAGUAUUGUACAUUUCCUCUAAUCCAGGGGUGUCCAAACUUUUUCCAGCGAGAGCCACGUUGUGAAAAAUGAAAGGAUGCCACUUUGAUGUUUUGUAAAGCAACAUACUGUAUGUAGAUAUGCUAAGAAGUGACAUACUGUAUAUUUCAAGAAAAUACUGCAUCUCAGCUUUGUGAUAUAGGUGAAAAAGUGUAUUGUUGGUAUCAGCUUCACUCUUUGCUAUUGUUUUUCAAAAUAUUUAAAUUUACUUCUUAAAUAAGCUUUGUAAAUUUGUAAUAAUAUGACUUUAUUUUCCCAUAUUAUGCCUUUAUUCCCACAAUAUUAUAACUUUUUCCCCAACUGAAUUAAAAUUAUAACUUUGUUUUGUUUGUGGGCCGCACGGUGGCCUAGUGGUUUGCAUGUUGGCCACACAGUCAGGAGAUCGGGAAGAUCUCGGUUGGCCAUCUCCCCCGUGCAUGCGUGGCUUUUCCCUGGGUACUCCGGUUUCCUCCCGCAUUCCAAAAACAUGCAUGUUAGGUUAACUGGCGACUCCAAAUUGUCCAUAGGUAUGAAUGUGAGUGUGAAUGCUUGUUUGUCUAUAUGUACCCUGCCAUUGGCUGGCGACCAGUCCAGGGUGUACCCCGCCUCUCGCCCGAAGUCAGCUGGGAUAGGCUCCAGCAUACACACGACCCUGGUGAGGAUAAGCGGCAUAGAAGAUGGAAGGAUGUUUUGUUUCUCUAAUAUUACAGCUUUUUUUUUUUUAAUAAGGUAUUUUUUCUGUAAUAUUUCAACUCCAUGCUGCUAAAAUAACAUUAUUUUUCCUUAUAAUAUUAAGUUUAUUCUUGUAAAAUUGCAUCUUUUUUCCCUUCAUAUUUUAAUUCAUAAAAUUACAGCUGUUUUUUUUUUUAUUUCUGCUGUUUUCCCCCCCCAACUAUUUCAACUUUCUUCUUGUAAUUCUCUUCUCGUAAUUAUGACUUUAUUCUUGUAAAAUUACAGCUGUUUUUUUUUAUAUUUUCAACUUUCUUCUUGUAAUUAUGACUUUAAUAUUUUGUUUCUAUUCUCAUAACAUAACUUUU